UACAGGUUUUCUCACAGCGCCUUGGUUGGAGUAAUAAGGUGUCGCGCAUAUGGGGGGUGUCGAGCGCGCGCGCGUUCACGGCAGCAUUAUCACGCGCAGCAUCUUUCGCCCACCGACAUCACUUCAUUUCACUUCAUUCGGACUUAUUCAUCUCAAGACGAGAUUGUUAUAUAAUCGCAUCUGACUUACUGCAGCACUGUGACGAUCUUACUGCCGCUCGCGUGACGCGUUUCCAUGGAAAAUGGCGAGAUGGGCUCACGCGUGGAUGAUGGUGAUGGUCGUGUUCAGCGGAUCGUGGACCGCAGUGGAUGCGCUCACAUUUCCACAGCAUUACACGAUGAUGCACUGGGCCCGACGCAUCGAACAAGAGAUUGACAGAGUCCUGCAACACAUCAGUGGAGCUCAACAACUAAAGGGGAUCUACAAUGAGAAGAGAAGACAGUUCAGUCUGGUGAGAAAUAAUCCACGAGAUAUUGUUGAGAAAGUGGCCACGGAUAUCGAGAGACUGCUGGCUAAAAAACGCAAAGCACUUGAGAAACUGGCGAGUGAAGCGGAGCGUCUUCAAAAAGAUCAUCACUGGGAGGAUGGGAUCAAGGAGGAGAAUAUUGAAUAUUAUAACUCUAAAGCAGAGAUGGAUUACGAUGGUGAGGACAUUGAUUCUCAGAUGUCAUUAAAACUGGAGUUUGUGUACGACCCAAACUUCAAAAACCACGUGAAUUACUCCCAUACCGCAGUACAGAUCCCAACAGACAUCUACAAAGGCGCUCCUGUGAUACUGAAUGAACUCAGCUGGACUCAAGCAUUAGAGAGAGUCUUUAUGGAGAACAGCAGAGAUGAUCCAUCACUGCUCUGGCAAGCGUUUGGCAGCGCCACGGGGGUUACAAGAUAUUACCCAGCGGCUCCUUGGAGAGCUCCAGAUAAGAUUGACCUUUACGAUGUACGACGAAGACCCUGGUAUAUUCAAGGAGCUUCAUCACCUAAAGAUAUGGUGAUACUGGUGGACGUGAGUGGGAGUGUUAGUGGUCUCACACUGAAACUCAUCAAAGCGUCCGUCACUGAAAUGUUGGACACGCUGUCUGAUGACGAUUACGUCAAUGUCGCCAGGUUUAAUGAGAAGGCGGAGGCAGUGGUUCCCUGUUUCAAGCACCUGGUUCAGGCAAACGUGCGUAACAAGAAGAUCUUUAAAGAAGCUGUGCAGCAGAUGCAGGCUAAAGGAACCACAGACUAUAAAUCUGGAUUUCACUUCGCUUUCAAUCAGCUACUUAACCAGACAAAUGUUCCCCGAGCCAACUGUAAUAAAAUCAUCAUGUUAUUCACUGAUGGUGGAGAGGACCGAGCUCAGGACAUCUUUGAGCAGUACAACUGGCCCAAUAAAACGGUCCGUGUUUUCACGUUCUCAGUGGGACAGCACAAUUAUGAUGUCACUCCGCUCCAGUGGAUCGCCUGUGCUAAUAAGGGAUACUAUUUUGAGAUCCGCUCCAUCUGUGCUAUACGGAUUAACACCCAGGAAUAUCUUGACGUUCUGGGUCGCCCCAUGGUUUUGGCAGGCCAGAGUGCCAAACAGGUGCAGUGGACCAACGUCUACCAGGACGCGCUGGGUCUGGGACUCGUGGUGACCGGGACGAUGCCCGUCUUUAAUCUCACAAUGGAUGGAAAGUCUCAGAAUCAGCUGAUCUUAGGUGUGAUGGGCGUCGAUGUUCAUCUGGAUGAGCUGAAGCGACUGACACAUCAAUACAGGUUGGGAGCUAAUGGAUACAUCUUCGCCAUUGACCCGAACGGAUACGUGCUUCUCCAUCCGAACCUGCAGCCGCGGGAGGAGGAUUUACCAGAGCCGGUAACACUUGACUUUCUGGAUGCUGAAGUAGAGGACAACAGUAAACAAGAGAUUCGCCGGCAGAUGAUUGAUGGACGAUCAGGAGAGAUGACCAUCAGAACCCUUAUUAAAUCAAUGAAUGAGCGUUACAUUGAUGAUGUUGUACGGAUGUACACUUGGACCCCUAUCAAUGACACCGAUUACAGUCUGGGUUUGGUACUGCCGCCCUACAGUGAAUAUUACAUACAGGCAGAUCUCAGUGAUGUUAUGCUACAACUUCAGUAUUUACAGUCUCUGCUCCCGAACUCUUUCGAGUCUGCGGGUCAUGUGUUUCUGGCACCUAGAGAAUACUGUAAACGUCUGCAGAUGGCAGAGAACAACACACAGUUUCUGGCUGAUUUCUUGUCUCUUAUGGUGGAGAUCACACCUGAAUCUGAAGACUGUGAUCAAGGUAUGAUUCAUAAUCUGAUUCUUGAUUCUGGGAUCCUCUGGCAGCUGGCCACACGUGUCUGGCAAAACAAAGAUCUCAACACGUAUGGAUUUCUGGCCCUGUUUGCAUGCACCAAUGGAGGCGUCACUCGCGUUUACCCUAAUAUGGCGGCGGAGACAUGGGACGAAGAUCCUGAACCACUGAACUCAAAUUUUUACCGACGCAGUCUGGACAACAAAGGUUACAUGUUCAGAGCCCCGACACGAACAUCGAUGGAUGAUAUGAUAAUGUCAGAGAACGGUACUGUAGGGAUUCUUGUCACCACUGCUGUCGAGGUCGUGAUUGGAGGAAAAACCAUGAAACCUGCAGUGGUUGGUGUUAAGCUGGAUUUAGAGGCAUGGGUGGACAAGUUCAAGAUUCUGGCCAGUAAUGUGUCAGACAGCCGACAGGCUUCACAUAAGUGCGGCCCAUCCAGAUCCUGUGAGAUGGAUUGUGAAGUGAACAGUGAUGAUUUGCUCUGUUAUCUUAUCGAUGAUGGAGGUUUUCUGGUGAUGUCCAAUCAGAGAGAUCACUGGAAGAAGGUGGGUUUGUUUUUCGGCGAGGUCGACCCCUAUCUGAUGUACGCCCUCUAUAACAACUCCAUCUACGCCCGACACCAAACCUUCCAGUAUCAGUCGGCAUGCGAACCCACAGCCAGCAGUCACACAGGAGCGGCACACAGACACUUCUACGUGCCAUCCAUUGCUGAUGUUUUGAGUUUGGCCUGGUGGACGUCGGCAGCUGCAUGGUCCCUUUUACAGCAGUUUCUGUAUGGACUCCUAUACAGCAGCUGGUACAGCACAGAUGUGUUUGCAGAAAGCUUCGAGACUAAAGGCAGCAGCAGUUGUGUGACCGUUCACAGUCAGUUUUAUUUCACCAACACCACAAACUCAUUCAAUGUACUGCAGGACUGUGGAAACUGCUCCAGGUUGUUUCAUGCCAAGCGUAUAGAAAACACAAACCUGCUGUUCGUAGUAGCUGAAACGCUGCCUUGUAGCUCCUGUGAGAUCGAGAAACUGCUUCCUGUACGAACAAAGUCUCAAGAGGAGAACCCGUGUGAUGUGUUGAACUCUGCACGCUACAGGAAAGGACCAGAUAAAUGUUUUGACUACAACGCUGAGGAGAACCCAUCAGAGUGUGGCAACGCCCACUCUUUACACUGUCCAAUCAGAGUUCUGCUCUCGAUUCAGUUGUUGUUGCUUUAUCUCGUUCUACGCUCUUAAUCCAGGUCGUCUUCUUCACUGCCUUUGUCUUCAUGUCCUUUAAUUCCCUGUUCUUUCCUGAUGUUCUCCUGGUUUUCAUCGUAUGGUGCAUUACAGCUGUGUGACAUUUCAGCAGAGCUGAUCAUUAUGGGAACACAACCCUGAUAUUACAUGUGCAGAUCCAAAACAAAACAACUGUCUUAACUCAUUUCAUCUUUGUAAUUCAGAAAAUAACGAAGAUAAAAACCUGCUGCCGUCAAAAAUGUUUGCUUGCCAAAUCCAGAAACAGGACAGGACCUGGUUUAUUUUGAACUAUGACACCGCAACUGAGAGUUGACUUUAUUAUCAUCACAGUCUCAGAAUCUGUGUUUGUGUCUCGCUUCACUUGGAUUUAGUGCCAAACCCAGCAAAUCCAAACGUAUGUGGAUAUUUAAAUACUGGGGACUAGUGGCUUUUCCUCAGAUACUUUUUGAAGCUUCCCUGCUAGGAGAAGAGGAAUAACGUUUAUUGAUAGAGGAAGAGUUUGAUUCGGUUUGAUUUAUUUAAAGCUUGUUGAAUGUUUUCAUUCGCUGCCUGGUUUGUUAUCCAUCGAUGCCUUGAGCACUUAUCUGAACGGACCAUCUUUAACAUUGAUGUGUAUUUAACGGACCUUGAGAGAACGCUUCAUAAAGACACGUUUCUGAAUGUUAUCUUAAAUCUCUUUUGUUUACAGUUUAAAGGUGAAUAUUGCAAAACCUACCAAGAACAUGUCCAGGUCAUGUUUUUCUCCAAAAUUAAAGGAGACAUAUCAUGAUAAUCUGACUUUUUUCAUGUUUAAGUGCUAAAAUUGGAUACCAGUGCUUCAAUCAACCUAGAAAAUGUGAUAAAGAUCAACCCAGUAACUUAGUGUUGGUAAACCAUUUAAUGCAGGAGUAAAAAAUGACAGGAAAAUUAAGUUUUAAUAAAAAAACACCAUUAUGGUGA